AUGGGGAAAUCUCGCCGGGAGUCAGCUCUCACCAAGUCCAUUCUGUCUGCAUUGAUCCGCGACCCGGACCGUUUCAAGAAGACUGCCCUUGGGAAGUUUCUGGCCUUUUUCUCAGUGCGCCGCAUGAAGCUCGUCCGACACGAGAAGGAACUCUUUAAAACGCUUCGCGAGGAGGUUUGGGAAUUCAACGCGCAUGAGUACCAGGGGAGUUUUCAUACAACGAGGGGCCAGCCACCGUUGAAACCAAUGGGAGACUUGGGUUACUCGGGUUCAACAUUUUUUGAAACUUUCGAUGGUCGAUUACUGAUCAAAAGCUUACCACGGCAUUUUGAAUAUUCGUUCUUCGAGCGCGAUCUUCUGGAGCCAUAUCUUGACUACAUGUUUCGGCAUCCAGACUCACUCUUAGUUUGGAUCACAGACUACCUUCUGGCUCCCUACCCUACACUUGGUACACUUUUGGGGCUCACACCAGCUCAUUACAUUGUCAUGGAGAACACACUUUGUGGCCGAGACGAUGAUCCGGCCGCUCAACAAUGGGAAAUAUAUGACUUGAAACCGAUCGAUUACUUUUAUCCCGAAAGAGAUUUGGUUCCCCAGGCAUUAGUGGGUGAGGAGACUCUCAAUAAGUUGGCAGAUAGGUUCAAUGACAAGCUGCAUCUCCGGCGUGCAGACUAUGAGGUGUUUUGGCGAAUGAUCCAGGAUGAUACCAAGUUUCUACGGGAUGCAAAUGUGGUCGACUAUUCGCUAUUCCUUGUCCGAAUGCCUGCAUCUUCACAACCUCCUAUUUGCGGCAGACAAAGUUCUUGGCGACUAGGGCUGCCGUCUGCUGAUGGAAAGUGGAAGUAUCGUGCGGCCAUACUCGACUUCUUCUGGGCUCGGCACAAACUCCAAUCUCAGGCACUUUCUGGCCUGGUACAAACUUUCAAUGUUGUGGGAAGAAAGGGACCUAUGACUAUUACAACAACGGCAAGGGAAUAUCGGGAGAACUUUCUGAGUAUGAUUAUGGAGAUGAUCGAAGUGCAUUAA